AUGACUUCGUCCUACACCAGCGUUUACCUGCUAAAAGAAGCUCCCAGUGUGGAAGCCAGUGGCUUCCACCAGUGUCCAUGUCUCCAAGGAGAGAUGCAGGCCCUCCCAGACUCUACAGGAGAUGCUCCAAGACAAGACGCUUGCAAGUUGAAAAAAGACUGGUGGAAGAUUUUUUCUAUAUUUGUCCUAGUUCAGGUAGUAUUAUAUUUGAGUCGUUCAGAAAGUACCAAAGCUAUGGAAUGUUCAGAGGAGUGGAUUGGAGUAAGAAGGAAGUGCUUCUAUUUUUCUAAUGAUACCAGAAAUUGGACAGCCAGUAAAAGAUUUUGCAGUUCUCAGGGAUCAGAACUUGCUCAGAUUGAUACACCAGAGGAGAUGAAAUUUUUGAAGAAGCAUGCAGGAACUUCUAUGUACUGGAUUGGAUUAAGCAGAAAACUAGGAGAGUCUUGGAAAUGGACAAAUGGCACUACAUUCAAUGCUGGGUUUGAAAUCAGUGGGAAUGGACCCUUUGCCUUUUUGAAUUCUGAUGGAGUCCACAGUUCCAGAGGAUUUGUUGAUAUCAAGUGGAUUUGCAGCAAACCAAUAUCUAAAACAGAAUAA